AUGUCAUCACAGGCAUCCAGGCGGGCCGUGACGGUGAGAAAGUCCCCCCUUCGCCUUGAGGUCGACAGUUGGUACCCGCCCGACCCUAGGAAGUUCACGCCGGACCAGGUGGAGGUGUACCUGAUUCAAAACAGUUUGUUUCUUUGGGCUCUCCAAAUCCUCCAGGAGAAGCACCCAUGUGGGGAGCUCUCCUACUUCCAAAUUGCCGGUAUCCACGGAUUCCCUUACCAACCAUGGGACGAACCGAAUUGCGCCCCGGAAGUAGGGAACCAAGGCUACUGCACUCACGACAGUCUGCUGUUCCUUCCCUGGCAUCGCCCAUACAUGGCUCUCUUUGAGCAAGUCUUGUACAACAUCACGGUCACGGAUAUCCUCAAAGAGGUUCCCGAAAUUGCGCAUGAUGAAUGGAAACAGGCUGCGGACACCUGGCGGUUGCCUUAUUGGGACUGGGCCGUGAAGAAAUUGCGCGUGUGGACUUCACCCAAUCCGUCGUUACCCGGCCGUUUCGUGUCUGCGGAGAAAAUCUACGAUCUCCCCAUCAUUGCCCAGAACCCAACGAUCAAAGUGAAGAACUACGCAAACCCUAAGGGUCGCGAUGUCGUGAUCAACAACCCCAUGUACCAGUUCAGGAUGCCCGACAACAACCCGAUGGGCUCUUUUGGCAUCAAAGAUAUACGUGUAAAGGUGGGCGGCGACGAUAAAGACUGCCAAAAGCCAAAGGUGUCCGAAUGGGUUACCCUUCCUUUUUCUCAGUCUCGCGCCACGUCCCGCUGGGCGGCUACGCCACCGAAAGGCGAGGCGGUCGGGAAACCCUGGGAGGAUGGUACCGUCGAUAAUGAGAGUGUCGCUCCUGCUCUUAAGGCGCACGAGUGGUACGACGGUGACUUUGAAAAGAUACCACUCGCCGAAAUGGUGUACCGUCUAUACGACCCGGAAUACGUCAAGACGUUUGCUCAGUUUGCCACCACCAAACAGCCCUCCCACUGGUCCGUUCAGCCUCGGGGCCGUACCGAGGAGGCGGAGGAGGCGCCUGGUCCGUUUGCUCAGCUCUCUCCCACCGCACAACCCGUGGGCCAAACCGAUGGGAACGCGUCGACGCUUCUAAAUCUGGAAUUCAUCCACAACAACAUCCACGUUUGGGUUGGCGGUUUCGGCGACUAUACCGGCCACAUGGCGAAGGUUCCCGUCGCUGGGUUUGAUCCAAUCUUUUUCAUGCAUCACUGCAAUAUUGACAGACUGUUCGCCAUUUGGCAGGCACUCGACCAGGACAAUACCACCGGCGAAACUAGAACUACAAGCUGGUUCCCGGCGCAUUACGAGGAACGGGGGAACUGGCACCUUCCACCCGGGACCGUCCCCACAGCCAAUACGGAUCUGGCGCCCUUCCAUAAGAACGCUGAAGGCGAGUUCUGGAACUCUGUUGGCAUUGAGAAGUGGACCUCGCUGGGUUACUCGUACCCCGAGCUUCAACCUUGGCGGCCCGAGUUCAGGGCCGGCGGGAAAUUAAAUGACGAUAAGUACAAGGAUUCCAUCAAGGAGCAGCUGAAAACGCUGUAUCAGCCCAAAGGGCCACCAGCCGCUGUGGCAUGGGGUAAUCAGGAUCUCGGCUGGGACAUCAUUGUCAAUGUCACCUACGACCGCUUUGCGUUCCAAGGCCACCCGUACACAAUUUACUUCUUCCUCGGCGAGAAGGACAAGUCCGAGAAGGACAAGAAGGAGGAGGACAAGAAGGAGGAGGACAAGAAGGAGGAGGACAAGAAGGAGGAGGACACGGCCAAGAAGGACACGGCCGAGAAGGACAAGAAGGAGGAGGACACGGUCGACAGAACAUCACCUCACCGAAGACGCCGACACCGCCAGCUUGUUGGCUACGUCUACACGUUCAGCAACCCCGUAUUCAGCGAAAACGAAGGGUGCGGGGAUUGCCUGACCAAGUCCAAAGAGGGUACUCGAUGCCGCGCCCAGCUUCCCUUGAAUGGCGCCUUGCUUGCCCGUGCCAAGGGCCACCAGGAACGAUCGGCGGAGGCAUCUGAGGCUGGUUCGACCGGGCCCAGCCAAGGACAGGAAUACUUAGGCGAUGGCAUCUAUGUUCUUCCUAGCCUUGACAAGGACGCUGUCCUUGCCUAUUUGGAGAAGUACUUACACUGGUCUGUCGAAUUGUCGGGUGGCACGCCCGUUGAUAUCCCGGAGGAAAAUCCGUUCUUCGAAGUCGUAGUCCACCACCGUCCUGCAACACUCCAGAACCAAGACCCAGAUAUACAUUACAAGCCACAAUUUGCCAUUACGCACGGCAAGCUAGGCGGCGCCAAGCAACCAUCUGGUAGCUAG